UUUCCCGUUCGUUCGUCGGCAAUACAAGUAUAAGUGAAACGACGAUCGCUUUCUUCCGCCUCUUUCACUACUACAUAAUUCGCUAUUCUGGAGGAACCAACAUGGAGCAGACGACGAUGCAUCAUCUGCCGCCACAAGAUGUUGAACAGCAAGGACCCGGAAAGAGUGUAUGGAUGCCGCCAUCACAGCGAUUGUUCCCAAGACUCCACCAAAAACAAACCGUCGCGAGUCCAUCGAAAUGCCCAGAUCCACCUUGCCAGCAACUCAGCGAUGCCGCCACCAAGGCACCGCCGACCUUGCAAGCUGGCAUCCUCCCAGCUGGUACUUUACCAGCAAUGGAAACACCGUCGUUAGACGACCUCUCUCAAAGACAUCCCCUCGCUGCUCACCCCUGGUGGGUAAAUCGCCCACACUUACUCGCAGUCCUCGGCUCCCAAGAUCCAGCUACCGCCGCACACACCCUCCCGACCACCUCCCAGCAACAAGAAGCAAUGCACAUGCUCGCCCAGCGCUCUCAGCGCAUGUUCAACAUACUAAAUCUCCACCGAGGUUGUCAGAAGCAGCGGGGUGGGUUCCCGAAUCUGGAAUAG